AUGAACAGUCUUACCCUUGGACUGGGCCUUCAGCUGGCGCUCCCGGUCAAGCCCCUAGGCCAUGGAGGCCUGAAGCUCCCGCGCUUGUGCUUGAAGCUGACCGACCUCCGCCUCAAGCCGUGCGAGCUCCUCGGCCUCGUGGUGGGCCUUUCCGGCAGCGGCCUGGAACUCCUCGCGGUCGCAGCAGGCCCUCUCGGCGACAACCUGGAGCUUGGCCUCCGCCCGCCGCGCAUCCUCCUGAGCCGCCUGCUCGCGCCUCUACAGAUCGGAGGAUACAACCACCAACGGAGAAGGUACCAUACCUGGCUACCGGGCAGGACGACGCCGUCCAACUGCCCCAACGCCGAGGACAGAGCCGCGCGGACGUUAGCAAGGCCGCACUGCAUCGCCUGCCACUUGCCCCAUUCCGUGGCAUCAUCCAACGUGAACAGGGACCUCUGCAGGUCGUCAUGGGACGACCAACGCAGGACGGACCCUCUCCACGCCCUGGGAACGGGAGUGGUCGAGGUAGAGGCGGAAGCCGACCUCGACGCCGCCGUCAAAACGGGCUCCACCAUCCUGGAAGCCGCCGAGCUCACCGACGGUCCCGGGGCACGCGCCCCUGCCCCCGUCGAAACCACCGCGGGCUCGCCAGUCGGCGCCACCGCCUCCGACGCGGGUGCUGGAGCGAGCGUCCCCGUGGCCGCCUGGCCCUCCGUCGCGACCGCCGAGACAGGCGUCCCCACCCCCGUCAGGGCCUCUGGAGUAGGCACCUCCGCCUCCGCCGCCGGUGCCACUUCCGCCGGGGCUCCCCGGGCGGGAGUCCCCGUCUCCGUCGCCACCGCCUCCUCUAUCACAGCCGCCGGGGCAGGUGUCCCAGUCUCCCCCGCUGCCGCUGUCCCCGCCGUAGCCGCGGGGGCAGGCUCUCCUUCCUCCGUCGCCGCCGCCGUCCCCGUCGCGGCAGCUGGGACAUCCGUCCCCGUCUCCACCGCCGCCGUUCCCUCCACCUCGUCAGCGUCGAGGUCGAUCACCUCCCCGGCUUGA